UGACUCUUGGAAUGGCCCUUCUUGCCGCAGCGACGAGUCCAAAGGAUCCAACCAAAAAAGGCACUGGAAACGAAGCAGCUGACCAUCCUCUCGGUGGUAUUCAAAUGCCAGUUAUUAAGCAGAAUGGCAGAAGUUUUUAUGUUGGUCAAUCCUCCUUUCAAAGCGAGUUUGCUGCACACAGAAAUCAAUGUGCUGUUCAACACGAUGCAUGUGUAGCUGCUGUCGGCAAGAACCCUGAAAUUACCAGCGUUGGUGCUUGUGAUUAUCAAAAACUAACUUGUGAUAAUGGUGCCCCUAUAUAUGGAUAA